AUGUCUGUUAUGACCUCGGUAGCGACGGAGCAUUACGGCUGGAAUCGACACCUCUGGGAUGUGCCAUUCACCUGGCUCCCGACUAUUGCAAAACUCAACAUCUCCUUCCAGAUGAUGUUCUCUCUAUCCUCCGCGUUCACCAAGCUUUCUCUCUUGUGGUUUUGCAAACGGCUUCUCGGGGCCGGAAGUAAAGGUCUCUAUCGAACCUACAAUUGGUGUCUGAUUGGGGGGGUGGUCUUUGCCGCCUUGAGCUCCGCCGCCUUCGUACUCGUCAGUGUCUUCCAGUGCAGGCCGAUACGUGCGUACUGGGAAGUGGAGCCACAAUAUCCCCAUCACUGCCUGGAUGACGGAGCGAUUGUCUUCUCUGCAAGCAUGAUCAACAUCUUCACCGAUUUCCUUGCCACCGUCCUUCCGAUGCCGUUGAUCUGGAACCUGAAGCUGCCCGCUCGUCAGAGGAUUGCGGUGAUAUCUAUCUUUGGGUUGGGAAUUGUUGUGAAUGUGGCGGGUUCCAUCCGCACCGUAUACGUCUGGAAGAGUAUGGUCGCCUCGUACGACACCACCUGGGUGGGCUGGCCGGUCUUGCUCGCCGCGGCUGUUGAGAUCAACCUUGGUCUGAUUUGCGCCUCUGCCCCGGCAUUGCGCCCUCUCGUCGGAUUCUUGCUUCCUCGCUUGCUGCAGACUUCCCACAACUAUACCUCGGAAACCGGUCGCAGAAGCUACAAAAUCUUCUCAUCACACGGCGGCCCUUCGAAAGCCUCGCGGGUCGAGUCACGGCCCUACUACGGUGUGGAAGGCAGUCGCGGGGCAGAACCAUUCGAAAUCUUGCGGACGGUGGAAAUGAAAACCUGGACCGAGUCGCGGGGUGCCGAGCAUACGGAUAUCGACCACUACGAGCUAUCAUCCAGCCAUGCGCGAAUGGUGACUCCGACUACCCAGUUCGACCUGAAGAAGGGGGCCAUGGUCUCCUACACCUCUCCAGUGACCCCCAAAUCCUCAACCUCGCUGCACCGUGGCAAGACUGGCUCGCCUUUUGGUGACGAGAAUUCAGUCUGA